ACUAAAAUAAUAUUACAUGAAUCAGGGCACAGUAAGUGGUAUUUUGUUGACAAUUGAAAUAACAAGCAAUCAUUCACACUGUCAUUGUCAUUGUAUUUAAAAAAAGAAAUUCAUAAAUAAAUUACAGAGGAACACACAAUGAAAAUUAAAACCUUUUUUUAGGGUCUCUGGUUUAUGUGUUUACAAUAUUGUUUAAAAAAGGCUAUCAGAUAAAUUUGCUACUCCAAACUUUUUUUUUUGUUUUUACAAGUAUGCCACUGACAUACAAAUGCUCUCCAGGGCCCACAGAUUUCUGUUUCCUAGCAACCAAGUUAAACAAGGAAGAGAGCAAAAGUAAAGCCGGGCUUGUUUUUGUUACUGACAAUUUGCCUGGGAAAUCGAUUCUACAGUUAGUAUUUUAAUGCUUCAUUUUAAUUACUGAUAAAUAUAUGAAGACAAGAGCAUGCAGUAAAUCAUUCCAUGUUACUGUAUUCUCCUGGUUUUUAUUUACAAACCCUGUAGAAAGCCUUAUUUAUAAUUCACAGAGUCAGAGAAGGAAGAAUCCGGCACAAUGACAGCCAGACUCGAGGAGAUCAUUCCAGACUUUUAAUUUGGGAUACUGAGAGGUUUACUCUCAUUAAUUCAGCUAUAAAGUUCACUGAAGCAAAUUCUGGAAAAUGGGCAAAGGAAAGAAAAAAGCAGGACCUAAAGGGAAAAAGAUUACCCUUAAAUUAGCCAAGAACUCAUUAAGAAUGACAGCUGAUGGCAAACGUCGACUCGACCUCAGCAACAUGGGCAUUGCAACCUUCCCCAAAUGUAUUCUAAAACUGGCAGAUGUAGAAGAGCUUGAUCUCAGCAGAAACAUGUUACAAAAGAUUCCAGACUGCAUUGAAAAUUUUAAGAAUCUACGUUGGCUGGAUUUCCACAGCAACCAGAUAGAAACACUUCCUGAGACCAUUGGGCAACUUGAAAACCUAUUUUACCUUAACCUUUGCAACAACAAACUUACAGCAGCUUCUCUUCCACUGCAGUUAGGCCAGCUGAAGAAAUUGCGCCAUCUCAACCUUGGAAUGAAUGGUUUUGAGUGCCUCCCAUCAACUCUUGCUGCUCUGAAGGAGCUACAGGAACUGGGCCUGUUUGAUAACCGACUGACUGGCCUGCCUGAAAAUAUUGCUAAUCUUCCCAAGCUCAUGAAGGUAAAUGUGAAACGGAACCCGUUCCUUCAGGCUAGAGGUGAAGAGGACAUUGACACCGUCCAGCGUUUAGAGUGUCUGUAUCUAGUCAAUGAAGAUAGCCUGUGCAAGCCCUGCUUCAAGAAGUGCAAAGAAGAAAGAGAUAAGUUAAACAAACUGAAGCACUUUGCCCCUUCUGCAAAGAAACUGACUUUCCCAGGUCUCCUUACCCCGAAUUCCACAGCACAGGAAACCGAAGAAGAGUGGAGGUAAAAAAAAUCCAACCCAGCUCUUCUCCAUACUAGGCUAACAAAAUGCAUUCAUUAAACACAGACAUGUUGAGGUGUCUUUCCCCACUGUUUGCAAUUUGCUAUUCCCUUGGUAAAUGGCAAGGGCUAUUGCACUACGUGGAAAGCCAGGCUCACUGUUAUCUGGUAUUACACCACAUAUUGUAAAAACAGUAACAUGAUAGUGCUCAGACCUCACUGAGUCUUUUGACAGCAGCACAUGCAUUGCCUUUAAUUUUAGAACUGGAAAUCACAGGCCAUUUAAACAAAUAUCAGAAGAUGAAACUUGGAAAUGGGAAUGCCAAUGAAGAUGGGGCAAAUAAUUCUAUAAAUCACAUGAUUUAAAGAAAUAAAACUGAACAUUUAAAAAUGAUA